AUGAAUGAAUUUUCCUUACAAUCUACCACUACUCCUAGGAAAGCAAAUAAAGAACGUAGUCCUGAGCUUAGUAUUUAUAGGAGGAGUCCUGGAGGGACUAUUGAGGCUGAUAAGACAUGCGUGGUGGAGCCUGAUCGGGGCAAGUGGGUAGUCAAAUCGGCAUUUGGGAUCGUGAAGCAUGCUGGUUUGGGAUCGGGAAGCAUGGUGGUGUGA